AUGCUGCGCACGUGCCGGCGUUGGCACACAGUCUUCGACGCCUGCUACGUCCUGAACCUCGACAGGCGACCUGAUCGUUGGGCACAUGUACAGCAGCAGGUGAAGCGGGCGAAGCUGCAGAAGUUUCUCAAGCCCGGCGUCGAGGUGACGCGCUUCAGCGGCAUCGAUGGAAACGACCUCGACGUGGCGGGCUUGCAUAACGACGGAGUACUCACAGACCUGGGCUACCAGCGCUAUCAACUCCCCACGGAGCAGAAGCUGUACGGCAUGGACCUAACGAAGGGGGCCAUUGGUUGCGCCCUUGGCCAUCGUGCGGUUUGGCGGCGAGUGGUAGCGGAGCAUCGUGAGUGCGCGCUCAUCCUGGAGGACGACCUUGAAUUUCAUCACCAGUUUGCCCGCCAAUUCGCGGAGCGCUGGUCACGGGUCCCAGCUGACUGGGGGAUCGUGCACAUGGGUGGCCUUGACCUGCUCGCCAGUGACAAGUCGCCGCGGCCGUAUAUUGCGGACGGCAUUCGACUAGCGUACCACGGUCACCGCGAGCUCACUGCAUACGUUGUACACGCCGCCUCCGCUCAGCGCUGCCUCGACCUGACGCUGCCCAUGACGUGGCAAGUGGACACCCACAUCAGCAGUUGCCUCGCCGACGACACUGCAGCGCAGGACCAGUACAUCGCCGAUCCCAAGACGUAUGUAUUCCAACCAUCCUUGGUAAUUCAACUCAUGUCCUUCACAACAGACGUGCAGAAGAAGCCCACCGACAACCCCGCCCUCGCAGACGCCGCGCGCCGCUUGCGUGAGUUCGUUGGUGGUGGCACGUCUGUUCGUUGA